AUGGGUUUCGAACUUCGUGCGUUGGUUUUGCUUCGUGUCAGCCCUGCAGUUGAUCCUUUCCUUGAUGUCGAGCAUGUGGCAACCGGUAACCUUGCACUGUGUGCCGAAUUUGGGCCUGACAGGGACACUCGGCUCAAGCGACGCGAGCAAGAACGAGAGCAGCGGGAACACCGCUUGGAUGAGCUUUUCGAUGAGCUGGAUAUUUCCGGAGACGGCAUGCUGGACGCAUCUGAGGUGAAGAUGCUGCUGACGGGAAUGGCAGAAGGCAAGGAGCCUUCCGAGGAAGAGCUGUCUUUCAUCAUGAAGACCACCACAAAGAAGCCAGAUGGUGAUCGCAUGCCGCGCUACUAG